AUGUCGCAGGAUGCCACUCUUCAAUCGAAAUUCAUUUUGCUGUCUUUAUGUACGCCAUCCCAUCCGUACCCCAUCCGCGGCCGAAGGCCUAAACCGCCAGGACAGCUCCAAAACACCCCGACCUUUCCCCUGACCUCGACUCGCAGAGUAUUCCCACCCAAUCCCACCGAGCCCCAACACCUUCGCCAUGUCGUCCCCCGCUAUCCGUCUUCCACCCUCUACUCCAAUAUCAAGUCCUAA